AUGGCGCCAUCCAGUCCACGCAAGUCAAUUGACAGCCUUGCAUCAGGUGCAUCGACACCGCCAGUAUCGCAUUAUUCUACUUCCCAGCUGGAAUCUCCCCGGGUGCGCCCUCAGCGAUACCCCCUGAGGAGGGGAUCCACGGCGAGCUCAAUCGUAAGCAUUGGAGGAAUCCUGGAUACAUCGCAACACCAUGGCUCCAUAGCCGAAUCUGGGCAGAAUGCCCGCCGAUCCGCAGCUAUCUCUACCCUUCUCCAACCUCCGAUAGUCCGCACUGGCUUGACGCCGCAUACCGCCGUAUCUACGACCGGAUAUAAACCCCCCUCAUCCCGCGAUAUUCCACCCGUAACUCUGACAAAUAUUCCCCAUGUGGACGGAAAAGCAUUUCAACCAUAUCUGUCGCAAGUGGGCUCCUUGUACGAUGUAUUUCAACAGUCGAAAGAAGGUGCUGGGGAGGACACCCAAACCCCGUCUGGCUUCAAGUCCCCGAAACCGGAUGAUAUGGAAUCGUUGAUGCCGUGGAGUCCCGAGCGGAGAUCCUCGGUGAUGUCUAUCAAUUCACGACCAACCUCUCCUUAUGAUCCUCGCGGCCGACGUCCGUCAGGCGCCCGCGGCCGUGGGCCUGCUGUGACUCCCCUGUCUACAAUCCCACCGGUAUAUUUUGAGGAAGAUUUCCACUUGGAAAACCCCCGCACAUUUGAUGUCAUCUCGGAAAAGUCCGAGGUGGUUAAACCCCCGCGACCACCAACCAAGGACGACAAGCACGCCAAUGGCGGAGCUCCCGAACCAGUUCACACUGGCAGGAAAGCACUAGCGACCAAUGCGAUUUUGCAGGAGAAGCUUUCCUGGUACAUGGACACCGUGGAGAUCCACCUCAUCUCCUCUAUUUCCACUGCGUCAAAGUCAUUUUUCACCGCUUUGGGUUCGCUUCGAGAACUGCAUGCUGAAGCAGCAGACUCUGUGAAACGGAUUCAGGUUCUUCGCAAGGAUCUGCAGAAAAUCGACAAGGAAAUGGCUCUUGGUGGUUUGAAGAUUGUGAAUUUACGCCGACGGAGAGAAAACGUGCGGAUGCUGGCGGCUGCUGUGGCUCAAUUACGUGACGUUGUAGAGUCAGUGUCGCGAUGUGAGGAUUUAGUCGAGCAAGGGGAUAUUGAAGAUGCUGCCGAUGAACUAGAGGAAGUGGAAAAGCUCAUGGCAGGGGAGAAGGCGUCUGAUCGCCCAGUUGAUGACGAUGAGAAAGAUCUUCCACGGAGGCCAAUUGACCUUCGGGGCCUGAAAGCCCUAGAUGGAGCUUCCGAUGAUCUCGCCAUGUUAAGACAGCGCAUUGGCAUGGGAUAUGAAACCCGCUUUUUGAAUGACCUAUUAGGUGAUUUACGAGCUCAUGUCGACAAUGUGUCCUCUGCUGUGACCUUGCAGCGAUGGGGUGCCUCCUUCUUGCGACAACGUGGUGGCCAGCGUCCUGUUUCGACAGUUUCACCUGCAUAUAUGACCAUUAAUAAUGAGCUACGGUCCCGGUUGAACACCCAGCUCACUGGACUCGCUCGAGCCCACUACACAACUGCUGCUGCCACAUCGUUCAAAACUGCUGUCCUACGAGAGAUGAAAGGUCUCAUUCGGAAAUACCUCCCCAGUUCGAGUGAUGAUGACAAUGAGUCUAUGAUUUCGGUGUCUACUCAUAGCGAUCGGCAACGGAGUCAGCAGGAGAAGUCCUCUAUCCUCUCACGGAACUUGCGCGCCCUUGAUCCAGACGAUGCUUAUGGCAUGCUCGUGGCAGUCUAUACCGGCAUCAGUGAAUGCUUGCGUCGGCUGAGCACUCAAGUCAAGAUCCUUUUGGAUAUUGCUAGUGGAUUAGGAAGUUCUCCGGCGGCUGGUAUUUGGUCGCCCACUCGGAGUCCCAAUCCGCAGAGCCCAGACCAGACCAAUAGGUCCCCUGAUCAUGGGUCUUCGGCUUCGGCUUCGGCCAUGGCCCAAGAUGAGAUCUUGCAAGUCUUGGAUAUGUCAAGCCUUCUUGGUCAAGCAGUAGAUAUCGCCCAGUCUCAAAUCACCAAGGUGCUGAAGGUUCGCUCUGAGCAGACUGCUCAGCUUUCGAAGGAGGAAUUCUUGAAGUACUUCACGCUUAACCGCCUCUUUGCUGACGAGUGCGAGGCGAUUUCGGGGCGUGGUGGUACCGCCUUGAAGACCCUCGUUGGCAACCAGAUUCGUGAAUUCAUUGCUAGAUUUGGUGAAUCGCAACGUCACCGUAUCGUUAAUGUUAUGGAUUCUGACCGGUGGGACGCACGAGACUUUGGUGAUUCCGAGGUCACUGUUCUCACUCGCAUUCUAGAUGCCAGUACUAAGGACAUCGAGGCUUGGGUCGAUGUUUCUAAAAUCUGGGUUCCAGACAGUGCAGCCCCUCAGAACAAUGCAUCCGAAUCAAGCGAGGGUGCUAAUGGAACGGCGAAGGAGAAGGUGCGCAGUGCAGUUGUCGAUGAACAAAAAUACAUCCUGCCUGAUUGCGCAGUGGCAAUAAUGCGCAGCAUCGAGGAAUUUGAAUUCCUUAUGGCGAACAUUCCGAGCAUGAUUCAAGACAUUGCCCCGCAACUGCUGGAGAUAUUGAAGCUCUUCAAUUCACGCUCUUCUCAACUGAUCCUCGGCGCGGGUGCUACGCGGAGUGCAGGCUUGAAGAACAUCACGACUAAACAUCUUGCCCUUUCGUCGCAGGCCUUGAGCUUUGUCAUUGCUCUUGUUCCGUACGUACGAGAGUUUGUUCGGCGUCAUGGACAGACCAACCAGGUUAUGGCCGAAUUCGACAAGGUCAAGCGACUGUUCCAGGAGCAUCAAAGUGGCAUCCAUGAGAAGCUAGUCGAUAUCGUGAGCUCGCGAUCCUCUAUCCGUGUCACUGCUAUGAAAAAGAUUGAUUGGGACAAUGAUACCUCGACCGGUGUUCAUCCCUACAUGGAGACGCUGGCCAAGGAGACCGGAACUCUAUAUCGGGUCCUUAGUAAACACCUUCCAGACAUGACUGUGGACAUGAUCAUGAUACCUGUGUUCAACAACUACCGUGACCACUGGACCAAGGCCUUUGAAGAAGCUAGCGUUGAGACAGAGGCCGGAAAGAAGAGGAUGCAAACUGAUAUCGUGUACCUCCAGUCAAAGCUGGCGAAAAUCGAGGGUGCCAGCAGCUUAGGUGACAAGCUGCUUGAACUCGUCAAUGCAAAGUAUAUUGCCGAACCUGCUGUUGAAUCCGAGGCACCGGAGAAGACCGAAUCUGCGAGUGACAAGCAAGACUCGGAAAAGGAGGCAGAGUCCUCCAGCUCGCAAUGA